CGCGACGGUCAGGGACCUCCCACACCAUAGAUCACGUGACCAUAGCUCCGGCCGCCUGUGCGUUCCGUGCGAGGUGCAUGUGCGUACGCGCGUCAUGCGUCGUUUUAUAUAAGAAAAAUGUUCUAUAGAAAAAAAAUGUAUAGCUCGGUAUUGUGUGUAGAUACUUCGUGCAUUUUUGAAAUUCUAGGUAGCAGCUGGACACUCACGACAGCUGCUCUGCACAUAUGCCUAUUAUAUCAAUAUAACAUGUAAGAUUUAACGAAUUCAACGCAUUUGUGCUCCACUCUCCGUGUCGACGCCUGCUUGAAAAUACGCUCCGUGAUUUUUACCCGUGUUUUUUUGUUUUUUUGAUCGUUUUCGUACGUUUUUUUAAACUUUUCGUUUUACAAAUUCACUAUGUGUGAUCGUGUGGAUAUGGUUUCUGAAUUGGACAACGUGGAGAAAACUAUGUCACCUAAAAAAAGAAAUAUUCCAGGAAAAAUGAUAUGGAGCCGUCAGAAGACCAUGAUUAUCAACAUUUAUAAGGACAUGAAAUUGAAGUCUCCGAGUAAGCCGUACAAGGAAAUGAUGGUUGAAAUUUCAAAUAUCACAGGUAUUGGUCGCAAUUCGAUAGUUUCAAUUAUUUCCGAAUACAAAAAAACCGGAACUGUUACGUCUCCUAAUAAGACACGUAAUAAGAAAUGUCUGUUCGAUAGCAUUGACGACUUAGAUCGUAAUGCACUUCGUCAAAAAGUUCAUUCCUUUUGGUUGAGAAAAGAAAUACCAACCAUCGACAAAAUUUUGCAUGCGGUGAAUGAAGAUCCUGCCCUUCCCGAUUUCAAACGCACUUCGUUGUAUUCGUUGAUAAAGAAAUUGGACUUCGUCUUCACCAAGAGGAAAAGAUGCAGCGUGUUGACGGAGCGAGAAGAUCUGUUGGUUUGGCGUCAGAAUUAUUUGUACUAUGUACGUAAAUAUAGAGAAGAAGGUCGUACCGUCUACUAUCUAGACGAAACGUGGCUAAAUGCAGGUGAUUGUGUUGACAAAGUAUGGGCCGACCAGACAAUUCGGUCAAAACAUGACGCUUUUAACAAAGGUCUGACAACAGGUGUUACGAACCCGACUGGCAAGGCCAAACGUUUGAUAAUUGUACACAUUGGCUCUCACAAAGGUUUUGUAGAUGGUGGUAUGUUAUUUUUUGAAUCAAAAAAAAAUAGUGCAGACUACCAUGACGAAAUGAAUGGUGACAACUUCCACGAAUGGUUUAAGUCAAUUCUUCCACGCCUUGAUCCAAACUCGGUAAUUGUGAUGGACAAUGCCCCGAUCACUCGGUCAGGACAGAGAAAAUACCGACAUCCAGCACAAAAAAAGAAGACAUUAUAUCGUGGUAAUUUCAAAAAACGUUGUCAUUGA